AUGAAAGCUUGGAAAGAAUCUGCUAGUUUAAUAUUGACAGCAAGACAAACACAAAAGUAUACUCGCUCAUCUUGUACAAAUUUUCAGUAUAAUUACAAUCUGUUGUGUCUGAAACGGCAUCGGAAUUCGAAAUUUAUGCCGAGUACGCAUGUAUUUCCUGGAGGAGUAAUACAUCCAUCAGAUGCCGAUUUAAAAUGGCAUAAUCUUUUUUCUACCUUCGGUUUUGAUGUUAAUAGUUUUACAUCUUUGAAUCCAAAUACUUCUCUCCGUCCACAAAUUUUCAAAUUCAGACCGAACGAAUUGCCAAGAGAAAUUUCUUUACGCAUUACUGCAAUUCGUGAAACUUUCGAAGAAUGUGGUAUUCUUAUUUGCAAGCAAUCAAUAGAAGAUACUACUCACGUUGGUUGGGCAAAUCAUGUAAAAAUUUCUGAAAAUGAAUUACAAAAUUGGCAAACAAGAGUGCAUAACGAUGCCAGAGAAUUUUAUAUAUUAUGUGAAAGUUUUAAUUGUUAUCCAGAUCUAUGGUCCCUUUAUGAAUGGAGUAAUUGGCUAACACCAACUUAUUUUAUUGGACGACGUUACGAUACUGUUUUCUAUUUAGCUAGUAUUUCUGCUAUACCUCAAACCAUUUGUGACAUGACAGAAAUGGAAGAUUUGAAAUGGGAUGUGCCUGGAAAUUUUUUAUUUUCAUCUUCCAAUAUUGCAUUGCCACCUCCACAACAAUAUGAAAUUGCAAGAAUAGCGAAGUUCGAAAGUAUAGACAAUUUGCUAGAUUUUGCAAUCGAUCGUAGUAAAAUGGGUGUGCUCUUAAAUUUACCAGUAAAAGUAGAAUUGCUGGAUGGACAAGUGCACGUUUUACCAGGAGAUUCGAUGUAUCCUAAACAAGUAAAUUUGAUUGACAAACAAAUUAUUAAUAGGACUGAUAUUACUAUCCGUGAAUUUCGCGAUAUAUCUCCUAUAAAGAAUAGGAUGGAAUAUUUCAAUCUGCAAGUAAAAGAACUUUUUGUUCAAAAUUGCGAUAGUGCUGAUGGUCAUUUAGCUCCACUUCAAUUAAAAAAUGUUUCAGUUAAAACGAUACAUAAAAAUUCUAAACUGUAA